CACACUCUCUUCCCUCCUGAUCGUUUCUGGAGAUAGGAGUGCCACAAGGGCCUUUCCUUAUUGAUAUGUCCACUCUUCUCUGCUUUUAGCAAAAUUCUGGGGCCUCUUCUGCAAAGCUGACACACUCGCUGCCCUCACCCCUUCUCCGCAGCUUGGGGAUCCUGCGACAAGAAUCGGUGAAGAACAAGAACUGGGCAUCGGAGCACCUGGUCAUGGAGGCUCACAGCUAGCGUCAGGGACAGGUGCCAGUGUUGGGCUGCAGGAAGAGGCAAGACUCGCAGAUCACAAGGUCCAGGGAAGAGGGCGAGAGUCCUCAGAUUACUCAAUACAUGGUACCCCAAGCAAGAUCGCAGCAGGUACCUGCUGAAGCUCCGCAAGGAGCUGCACUUGUCCAGAGCUAUGACUCGCUUUAGGAAGUCCAAGUCAACCCAAAAAAGCAAAAUGAAGCCUUAGCAACUCGCGGUGCCCCAGAGCUGCUAGCGAUGUGACUUGUCCCCCGUAGUCAGGACCACACAGAGCCCGAGCAGAGGCCAUUCGGUGAGGGGCCUCACCCUGGGUCCAGCUCCACGGGGCGCAAUGAACAGUAACUUCUGCCGGGCCCUGGUGGACCGCGGGGCUCCCAGCGGCAUGCAGCUGGGUGUCGUGGCCCCUGCAGGACAGACGCCGCUGGCAGCCACGGAGCCCCUGGGCAACGUCCCCUUCCUGCUGUACCCUGGCCAUGCCGAGCCGCCUUACUACGACGCCUACGCUGGGGUGUUCCCCUACGUGCCCUUCCCCGGCGCCUUCGGGGUCUACGACUACCCGUUCGAGCCCGCCUUCAUCCAGAAGCGCAACGAGCGCGAGCGGCAGCGCGUCAAGUGCGUGAACGAGGGCUACGCGCGCCUCCGCGGCCACCUCCCCGGCGCCCUGGCGGAGAAGCGGCUCAGCAAGGUGGAGACCCUGCGCGCCGCCAUCCGCUACAUCAAGUACCUGCAGGAGCUGCUGAGCGCCGCCCCCGACGGCGAGCCGCCUGCAGCCACCUCCCCGCAACCCGCUUGCCAGGGCAAUGCGCCACCACCCGCCUUCCUGGUGGCCGAGUGCAGUGGGUCCUCCUCCUUCUCCUCCUCGCCUUUCUUAGAGUCGGAGGAACCCAGCCUUUGAUGGGGCCAGAGGCCUCGACUUGUCCCUCUAGGGAACAGUAUGGGGGCUUCUGGGUCAUCUGUGCCGGGCAGGACAGUGAUGUUCAAGGACUGUGCUCCCACCUCCACCCACUUGGGCCAAAUGUGCGAGCCCGGGGUAGAAAGGGCGAGAUAGGGAUCACAGGAGGUGGUGAAUGCAGUGAGGAGCGGAGCUCUGGACAGCUCCUGGACCCGACGGCCUCUUGGCCUGAGCGCGGCUCUGGGCUCUGUCGUCCACCACAGCAACAAGUCCCCUGGAAGCCUGCAGCACUUUGCGAUGCCUGGAUCUUCCACAAGAUGGCCUCAAAUGCUAGCGGGGAGCUUGAUUGCCUCUAGAGAUCAGGAAUGCGUGUGUGUACGUGUGUGUGUGUGUGUGUGUGUGUGUGUGUGUGUGUGUGUUACACGCGCACUUCUGUCGCUGGUGCUGGUUGCUUGACAGCGAAUGAUCACCUCCGCUCUCCCUCUCCCACCCUUCGGUAUAGUCUUCUGGUCUUUUCCCAGGUUAAGGACUUCCAUCCCUCCCCC